AUGGUUGCCAUCAACAAGAUUUUCUGUGCGUCCCUGCUCGUUGCCGGUCCAGCCUUUGCAGCUGCCUUGCCUGAAGCCCAGGCCCAGGCCGAUCUCUCCAAGUACAAGGACAAGCUCGAGAAAUUGAAGGAGAAAUUCAAGGGAGGUAAAGAUGAAGAUUGUGAGAGCUCUAUCGAGACCUCGACCACGUCUGACUGCGACACUGCCACGAAGACCACCGAGAUCAUCACCUCCACCUCGUCCUCCGACUGUGACACAGCAACCAAGACGACUGAGUCCCUCAAGCUCAAGAAGGUGCCUCACUUUGGCGGUCUCACCCCAUCCUUGCUGCUUGGCUAUGCCCCAAGUCUCACCCUCUGGGGAGGUGCCGCUGUUGCUGCCAUCUUCACCUUCACCGAGCACUGGCCAUUGUUCCAGGACACUUUCUACAAGAAGCUUCCAAUUAUGGGUAAGCUCUGGAUCAAGGAUGUCGAUCCCCAAGACUUGCCACAGUGA